AUGAAAAUACGCUUCUAGCUGUACUAAUAAACCAUAACUUUAAAUAAUAGUAACAAGUAAAAGCACAAAUAAUUUUUAGUAAUUAACCAAUACAAAAGUAGAAGAAAAUUUUACAAUUUAAAUUUAUUAAAUAAUAGAAGUGUAAAACCGAUUUAGUAAGUAGAAGAAGAAAUGAGACAAAAUCUAAUGAUAAAAAAAUUAGAUACUCUAUCCUUUUAGGGUGAUACUUAUGAUAAUAUGACUCCAUACAGUAAAUUAUAUUUGAAGAACGAAGAUGAAUUAUUAAUUAAAGCGUAGGAGAUAGAAUAUAACGAAGAAGGAGCAUUAUUUGAUUCUCAGCAUCAAAUGGUCAAAGAGCUCAAUUUCGUGCCUUACUUUAAAAUAGAUUCUACCUUACGUUUUAACACUCAAAAUAUAGAAGAAUAAACAAGAGAAAAGAAAAUUACUUGGUAGGAUUUAUCUAAAAACAUAUUAGAUACACAAGGAUUGAGUAUACUAAGUCCUGUAAAUGAUGAGAGAAAAUUAAGCACUAGUUUUAUGAAUAAAUCAGCUUUAAAAAAAUUAAAUCUAAGUUAAAGCUUAAGUGGAAGUGUUAUUUCAAAGCAACAGUAUAUCAAUAAAUAUUUUAAGGAUUCAUUUAGAGUAGCAUAGGCUGCUGCUAUUGCUGCUGCUGGAAAACAUAAUAGUAAAAGUAAGACAUCAAGUGCCAGAGAUGUACUUAAUUCAUGUGCUGAAGAAAAUACAGAUAAUCUUUCAACUGAAAAGAAUACCAAAGCACCAAGUUUUAGGAGAAAGAGUUUAUCUAACAAUUUUGUUUACUUUUCAAACGAUAUGGAGUAAAAUCUUAGAUAAAAAAACUAAUUUUGGAUAUUUUCAGAUGUUGAAGAAAAUUUAUAGAAUGAGAUCAAUUCAAAUAAUUUUCCAUAAAGUACAGAUUCACAAAAAAGAAAUAAUAAAACAACAACAAAAACCUAUGCAUAAAGAAGAAUGAACUAAAAUAGAGGCAAUACAUACAUUAACUCUGGAUUUACGCCAAAGAAUUAGGCGAAAAAAGAAACAAAGAUAAUUGAUAAUAUUAAAAUGAGACCUAAAAGCUGUUGUUGCAACAGAUGCGGACCUGAAUUGAAUAAAAACAAAAAAUUAAUUUCACUUCCAUUUAAAACAGCUAUUUAGAAUGCUGUUGAAAACAGUAAAUUAGGAAUUAAUACUGGUCUCAAAUGUAUUGCUUUUAUUGGAAAGGUUAGAAGAUCUAAAUAUAUAGAUAGCUUAAUGUUUAAUUAACUAAAUAGCUUAUAAAAUAAUUUAGAAAACCCAUAGAUUUUGCAACCUGAAAAUACCGAAGUUGCAAACUAACAAACCAAUAAGUAAAAAAAAAAUUCAUAUAGCUUACAUAAUCCUCUUUAUCUUUCUUUACAAAAUUAUAAUAAUAAUAAUAACAACAAUGGCAGCAAUAGAAAACCAUCACACCUUUCGUUAAACGAAAAUGGAUAAGCUAAUUAAAAGAGGCUAUCUUAUGUAAGUAAAGAUCAAGAAGAUUUAUCUAAUAGUGAAAAAAAAGAAAGAUCAUCAAUAUUAAAAGUCUCAAAUUUAGAAAUUAUUAAUGUUGACUAAAAUAAUUAGAAAAAAGAUCAAAAGUUAAUUGAAGAUUAACAAUUUUAGGACUAAUCUUAGAUUGUAAAAUAAUUUACUUUUUAGACUUAAUCGAGCUAAUCUGAUUUUGAAAGUUAACAAAACUCGCAAGAAGAUUAUAGUGAACUUUCCUAACAAAAAAUUAAUUUUAGGCAAUCUUAACUAUUUUCUACAUAGAAAAGCUUAAAUAAAAUAGUUAAUAAAAAGCAAAAAGUUCAAUAAAUAAUAAGUAUGCAUAAGUAAGCGAGUAGAGUAGGAUAGAUUACUAAAUUAGCAUUAAAAAAUGAAAACUCAGAAGGUAAAGAUGGAGAUUACUAAAGCUGUAAGAAAGCUGAAUAAAAUCAAAAUGAAUAAAUAUAAACCGACAGAGUCGCUUAUCAUAUAUCUAGUACAAGCAAAUAAGAAAGAAAUAAUUACAAAACUCAUACUAAUUCGAUAUUUGAAGAUAGGAUCUCAUAAAGGAUUAUUUCUAACACUAAGCUCCAACCGAUAUCAAAAAUUAAUAUAGAGAACUAAUAUAAAAUGUAAGAUAGAAGUGCAUCAUUCAAAUAAGGCAGUUUUAACAAUAACUAAAAUGCUGGAAAAGCAUUAACUUAAAAUGAAUGUUAUUAUUCCCAAUAAUUAUAAAUUUCAAACAAAUAACUUCACUAAAUGGUAUAUUUACCUUUAAGAAGUUUUAAAUAAAAUGAAAGUUUAACUGAUCGUACUUCUUAAUAAAAGUUAAAAAAUUCAAUAAGAGUUCAAACAUUGAUUUAAAAUGAAAAGGAAAUGGGCAAUUUAACUGAAGAUAUAAAAUCAUUUGAAUCAAUACAUACCUAAUUCUUAAAUACUACUUCCGAUUCCUUCAAAGAACCUAAACUCAUAUAAUUUAAAAGAAGGAUUCUAGAUAAAGAGGAGUAAAAACUUGUAUCAAUGAGUUAGAGAAGUGAUUAUAAAAUAUAUCUAUAACAAUAAGAUAGUGAAAGACAGCAUACAUUUGCUCCUAAACUGACUACAUCUAAAGACUUUCUUUCAAGAUUUGUUUAAUAAAAAAAAAAUUAAAACUCUUUGUACUUUAGUAAAUAAUACUAAAAUAAGAAGUUUAAUAAACUGAAUAAAGCAUAGAUAAUUGAUUUAAAUGAUGAAAAAUCAUAAUUGAAAAUUUAUUAAAAUAUUGAUCAUAAAAUAAUAAAUGUAAAUAGAAGUGAUGACAGAUAAAAGUAUUUCUUACAAAAAAGAGAAAAUGAAUAACAGUAAUAAAACUACAUUAAUAACGAUUUCCUACAAAAGAAAUAAAACUUGGACUCAACUCCUUCAUCUUAUUCUCAAAAUCUUAAAUCUUCUUGA